GCGAGAGAAGUGUCCUCUGUAUCCAGUUGUUGCUGAGUUUGUUUGUGGUCCCCAAACUGUCCAGUGUCUGCCGAGGCCGCCAAAGGCUGGAUUUGGAUUUGGAUAAAGCCUGAAAUUUUCAAGAGCAGAAAACGCACAUCAUUUCCUCGGGGUUUUUUUUUGUGUGGUGAAGAUUUGGGCGACACUCGGCGAAGCUUUUAGCAUGAUGUCAUACCUCAAACAACCUCCCUACGGCAUGAACGGGCUCAGCCUGACAGCGCCUGGCAUGGACCUCCUGCACCCCUCAGUGGGCUACCCGGCGACUCCCAGGAAGCAAAGGAGAGAGCGAACCACUUUCACCCGAUCCCAGCUGGACGUGUUGGAGUCGCUAUUUGCAAAAACCCGGUAUCCAGAUAUCUUCAUGAGGGAAGAAGUCGCUUUGAAAAUCAAUCUGCCGGAAUCCAGAGUGCAGGUGUGGUUCAAGAACCGCCGAGCCAAAUGCCGCCAACAGCAGCAGCAGCAGAGCGGAGGCAACGCCAAAGCCCGACCCACCAAGAAGAAGUCCUCGCCGGCCCGGGAGAGCAGCGGCUCGGAGAGCAGCGGCCAGUUCACACCGCCCGCCGUCUCCUCCUCCUCCUCCUCCGGCUCCUCCAACUCCUCCAGCGGCGCCAACUCCAACUCCAACUCCACCUCCGCCAGCAACAGCGCCGGCCUCAGCGCCCCCGCCUCCAUCUGGAGCCCGGCUUCCAUCUCCCCCGGAGCGGCGGUCGGGGAGCCCCUGCCCCCCAGCGCCUCCUGCAUGCAACGCUGCUCGUCGGCCACCGCCUCCUCCAGCCCCUACCCGAUGGCCUACAGCCAAGCGGCCGGCUACAGCCAGGGCUACCCGGCGUCCGCCUCCUCCUACUUCGGCGGCGUGGACUGCGGCUCCUACCUGGCGCCCAUGCACUCUCACCACCCGCACCAGCUGUCGGCUCACGGCGCCGCCGCUCUCAGCAGCCCCAUGAGCGGGUCCUCGCUGUCCGGCCACCACCACCACCACCACCACCACCUGAGCCAGAGCGCCGCGGCUCACCAUCACCACCACCACCACCACCACCCUCACCAGGGCUACACGGGAGCAGCAGGUCUGGCCUUCAACUCGCCCGACUGCCUGGAUUACAAAGAGCAAACCACCUCUUGGAAACUCAACUUCAACACCACGGACUGCUUGGAUUACAAGGACCAGACCCCGCCGUCCUGGAAGUUUCAAGUCUUGUGA